UUAGUCAAAGUCAAAAUCUGUAAAAGCAAUUAGAACGGAAUAAAUUGGUGAGGGAUCAAACAAAUCGAAGAGAUCUCCAAAUCAGAGAGAAGGGGAGGGCCUAAAAAGCCCAUUUCUUCUUACAUGUUCUUCGUUUGAUCGCUUCCGCCUUCAAUUUCUUCUUUCUUUUCAACGAAGGAAGACCAACGCUAUAUAUUUUACUCCCACCACAUCUCUCUCUCUCUCUCUCUCUCCAUCCAUGUAGAUCUACCUGUUUCAAUUGCCGAAAAAUCCAAAAUUUUGGAUCAAAACAACUAAUUUGUGUAACCCUUAUCGACGCCAUUCCUAAGGGAGGAAGAUAAGAUUGGGGUUUUUCUUUUUUUCAUCAACGAUUGCCUGGUUUCUUCUGAUUCAAUAAACUGGGGUUUACAAUUACAAAUGAAAAGAUUGGGUAGAGGCAAAGCUUAGGGUUUGAAGUUCUGAUUUUAGUAGUGAAAUAUAUUUAUGUUUUUGGUUCACUUUGGCGGAUGAUGUUGUGAGAGAUGAACUCAUUAAGAAGAUUCAUUGUCCCUUGUUUCAAGCCGUCUUCUGAGGAUGAAGGUGAGGGGAGUAAUAGAGGAAGGGGUGAUGUUAACGGUCAAAAUGAUGGGUUGUGGUGGUACAAAGAUGUAGGUCGCCAUGUAAAUGGGGUGUUUUCCAUGGCAGCAAUUCAAGCUAACAAUGUAUUGGAAGACCAGUGUCAACUUGAGUCAGGUCCACUGAGUUCUACUGAAUGGGGUCCUCAAGGUACAUUUGUUGGGAUCUAUGAUGGCCAUGGAGGUCCUGAAGCUGCUAGGUUUGUCAAUGAACAUCUAUUCAACCAUCUUAAGAAAUUUACAUCAGAGAGUCAAGGAAUGUCACCUGAAGUUAUAAUCAAAUCCUUCUUGGCUACAGAAGAGGAUUUCCUUUCAUUAGUGAGGUCACAAUGGCUAAGAAUGCCAAAAAUUGCUUCUGCAGGAACAUGUUGUUUGGUGGGCAUAAUUUGUGAGGGAAUGUUAUAUAUUGCAAAUGCUGGUGAUUCUCGAGCUGUAUUAGGAAGAUUGGAAUCGUCAGCAGAUGAGGUUAAAGCUAUUCAAUUAUCAUAUGAGCACAAUGCAAGUUCACCAUCAGUGAGAGAGGAACUGCGGUUGCUGCAUCCUGAUGAUCCUGAUGUUGUUGUCUUAAAACAUAAUGUUUGGCGUGUCAGAGGUAUUAUUCAGGUUUCAAGAUCAAUUGGCGAUUCUUAUUUGAAGAGUAUAGAAUUUAACCAAGAACCACUUCUUCCAAAGUUCAGAUUGCGGGAAUCAUUCGACAAACCAAUCCUGAAAGCUGAACCAUCUGUACUAGUCCAGAAAAUUCACCCGGGGGAUCAGUUUCUUAUAUUUGCGUCAGAUGGUUUGUGGGAACAUCUCAGCAAUAAAGAAGCAGUUGAUAUUGUAAACAGCUAUCCACACAAAGGUAUUGCAAGGAGGCUCAUUAAAGCCGCACUUCAUGAAGCUGCAAAGAAAAGAGAAAUGAGAUAUUCAGACCUGGAAAGGAUCGACAAAGGGGUGAGAAGGCAUUUUCAUGAUGACAUUACUGUUAUAGUCUUGUUUAUCGAUUCGAAUCAAAGCAGCCGUGGUUUAUAUCGGGACCCAGCAGUUUCAAUAAAAGGUAGUCGAGGUGUUACUUGAACAACAUCAUUUCAGAAGUAAAAUGGUUUUAACAUACUUCACUCGAGAGAUGCCCCUUUCACAUUUCUCUCCCAACAGUAAUAGUUUCACUUCCCUUUUAAUUUUUUUUUAUUAUUUUAUUUUAUGCCCAAACGAUGAAUCUGAGUUAAAACAACAAAUAGCUGACAGUCCCCCGAUAAUGUUGGUAUGAGUGUUAGAGUUGAUGAUUGAGCCAAGAGUGCAGGCCAUACAAAACUCCCAUGGCUCAGCUCCUUCCUGGCCCAUGAAACUGGAAGACUUAACAUACCAUUUUGAAAGUACUAGUAAUGAAUUGCAAACUGGAAUGAAUAUGAAUCAAGAUGUUGAAAUCUGCCAUUAAAAGGACCCAUGCUUUGUGGUUUACAUUCUGUUUUAA